AAUCAGUGGUUGGAUGUCAAUUAAGAACCAUAUAUAGACCUAAUCCAUUUCUCUUCUCCCUUUAUAUAUACGCAAUAUAUCAAAGCCCUUGUCUCAUCUCUAAAAUCACUCUUAUAGUUAAGCAUGGGGGUUAACCAGAAGAUAUCCGGUCUCGCAGCGGUUAUGAACGCCAAGAUCAUUGGUUCUGGUGAUAGGUCAAUGGUCUUGGCACACGGAUUUGGAGGCGACCAGUCGGUUUGGGAGAAGAUAAUUCCAGUCUUGUCCCAAUCUUUUGAAGUUUUGGUCUUUGACUGGCCUUUCUCUGGAGCCAUCAAAGACCAAACUCUUUGUGACCCUUCCAAGUAUAAUUCAUUUGAUGCCUUCUCUGACGAUCUUAUUUCUCUUAUGGAGGAGUUGAAGUUUGGCCCCGUUGUGUUCGUAGGCCAUUCCAUGUCUGGCAUGAUCGGUUGUUCUGCUUCUAUUAAGAGACCCGACUUGUUUACAAAUCUUGUCCUUAUUGCUGCUUCUCCCAGGUACAUAAACAGUACUGAGGGUUACAAAGGAGGGUUUGAGCCAAAAGACAUUGACGCGAUCAUCUCCAACAUUGCCACCAACUACGAGGCUUGGGCGGUUGCUUUCCCCCCCAUAGUGGUCGACUCAAGAGACUCUCUCUCGGUCCAAUGGUUAGAGAAGUGUCUUAAGAAGAUGAAGCCUGAGACGGCUCUUGCCUUAGCUAAGAUAGUGUUUGGCAGCGACGAGAGAGAGCUUUUGGGCAAAGUGUCACUUCCUUGCCACGUCAUACAGCCUGGAAAUGACGUCAUAGUACCUGUCUCCGUUGCCUACUUCAUACAAGAGAAUAUCAAAGGUAAAUCCACGGUAGAGAUCAUCGAGAACUCGAUUGGGCAUUUCCCACAAAUGACGUCACAUCUGGAGCUUCUACGAGUCAUGAGACGCCUCCUCGAGUUUUGAGGCUUGAAUAUAGUAAACAGCUUUGCAUGCGUCGAUAUUUUUCUUGUCGACAAUAUUCUACUAAGAAGAUAAUAAAGUGGGUCCAUAAGUAGUAUUCAUAUAUAUGUUUGUGUAAUGUGAAUGUGUAUUUAACUGGCAGCACAAAGUAAUUUAGUUUACAUUUUAGUUGAAUAAAAAAGACGAUCAGAAUGAA